AUGGCACAGGGCGACGCCCGGCCCGCGCGCGACGGCAACGGCGAGGACGUGAUGUGGUACUUCUCGUUCGGCGCAAUGUGCAACCCCGUCGCGAUGCGUCGCCGCGGCGUCAUCAGCGACGUCGGCUUCCCGGCAAAAAUCCAGGGCUACAGGCUGACGUUCGACCUGCCGGGGGGGUUCGCGAACAUCACGAAAGACGACGCCCCUGACGCGGAGUGUCACGGGGUGCUCCACGCGAUGACCAAGGGCAACUUCGACCACCUGGCGUACGUCGAGCGCGCGUACACGCACCGCGCGGUGCUCGCGCACCCGUACGGCCCCGGGCUCGUCCAGGGCGACACGAUGGAGGCCACCGUCCCCGCCGCGCCGGGCUCCCCCAGCAGCGCGCUGUUGCCGCCCGGGGCGGAGGCGCGCGGCGUGGAGGCGCGCGUGUUCUGGUACGACGCGCCCCGCGAGGUCCCGCCGCUGCCCUCGGAGCGCUACGUCCGCGUCAUCGCCCUGGGGCUGGAGAAGCACGGCGUGGACCCGGACUGGAUCGCGCGCGUCAGGCGCUCGGAGCACCGCCCCGCGCGGACGCCGGACAAGUACUGGACAUUCGAGAGCUGUCCGUGCGUGCGCAAGGUGCCGGAGGCGGAGAUGCGGGCGUUCACGGUGGAGGAGGUGCGGGCGUUUGGGCAGGGCCCGAAGGCGGCGCGGCAGUCGGUGUGCGCGAUCGGGCGGACGGUGGUGCGCGCGGAGACGACGGACGCGGAGUACCGGGAGAUGCUGAACACGUACUACUGCGGGGCGUACAUCGACUACGUGCUGUGCUGCAACAUCUACGAGCCUGCGCUGCCGCCGGUGCGCAGGAUCUCGGACAUGACGCCGGCGCACACGGCGUUCGCGCUCGACUUCGUCCUCGACGACAUGAUGCUGCACGACGGCACGGUGACGAUCAUCGGCACGCUGUCGGAGGAGUGGACCGAGGACAAGAUGUCGACCGAGGAGGGCGCCCCCAAGGACAGCGAGUAG